AUGUUUUCACAUGGCAGUCAUCCCGAAACUCUGGCAACACAAAUUCACCCCAAAGAAUUGUCAGGUGAAAUCAAGCAAUCUCUUUCCACUAUUAAUGAAAUGUACAAAGAGUAUUAUAAAAAGAAAGCACUUGAAGAGCAGCUUACAAAGCGAAAAGGAAACUCCAAUGUGCUCCGACGAAGGCUCGAUAUGAUCAUCAAGCAUUUAACUGGACAUUCUUUAAAUUCUCCUAAAAUUCAAGAAAAUAAUACAACUCUUCAUUCAUCACCUUUGAAUCACCGUGAUGCCUUGACUCCUCGAAUUUUACCUAUAUUAUUAAGAGCAUCCAAAAAAUCGUUGAUACUUUUAAUAUUACUUGGUGGAAUUGUAUGGAUCUUUUACAAAAAAAUUAAAUUUAAUUCUAUAACUAACAACAAUAGAAUUACUGAAAGAAUGGCUGUAAAAAAGAUUACAAAACACUUCAGUUUAAUUGAAAUUUUAAUUGCUAUUAGUAUUAUGGUUACAUUUAGCGGAAUGACAAGCAUUGUUUAUAAUGACAAGCUGAUCGAAAGUAAAAUUGCAUACACCAGAAUUGAACUAAAUUUAAUUUUACAACAUGUAUAUUUAUAUUAUACUACUCACGGCCGAUAUCCUGUCUCUCUCAACGACAUUGAAAACAUUAAGACCAUAGCCUCCUUUGAAGAUAGAUGGAAUCAACCUUAUAUUUAUAUUCCUUAUAUCGAUUGGGUUCUAAUUAUUGAGCUAUUACAAAAAUCAAAUGUUGAUGAACGAGAGGUGAAUUAUCAAUUAGAAUGUUUACAAGCUCUCAUUAACGGUAUUGUAUCAUCGAAUCAGACAGAUAUUGAUCCAAGAAUAAUUUUAGUAGAGAGUUCUCAACGACCAUUGUUAUUUAGUUUUGGAUAUCGAAAACCAAUAUUUGCUGACUCGUUUGAUGAAUCCAUCAGCACUUCCUCCAAUGAAUUUAGAGAACGGAUUCAAUUAGUGGCACAAUGGAUAAAAAUAGCAAGAGAAAAAUCGGUGGGAUUACUGAGAUUUCAGAAUACCAUUCAACAAUUACAGAAUCAACUCGGUCAUAAGGAAGUGUAA